CGGGGGCUCCGCGGCGGGGACAGGUCCCCCUGGGUGAUGAAGAGGAGCGGGAUGCACUGGUGGCUUGUCACCGUCCUGGGGGUGCUGAGCGGAGCUGCCCGGAGCGCCGGGAGCUGCAGCGCCCCGGAGCACGGCACAGCGGGAUGCCCGCCCGGAGCCGAGCCCAGCGGGGAUCCAGCGGGGUCGUGCCGAGCUUGUCCCCCCGGCACCUUCUCGCCGGGGGACGCGUCCUGCGCCGCUCACACGCCGUGCCGGGCCGGGAACAGGGUGCUGGUGGCAGCGGGGACGGCGGCGAGCGACAGCCGCUGCGGAGCGUGCCUGCCGGGGUUUCACAGCCCCGGAGGGGAGAGGGAGCCCCGGGGCCGGUGCCUGCCCUGCGCCGCUGCUCCCCGCAGCACCCCGGGGUGCGCAGGCCGGCGGCGAGCCCGCAGCCCCGAAAUGCCGGGCCGGGCACCGGGAACCAACGGGACGCGCGUGACCCUGCUGGGUGAGGAAGAGGAGGAGGCGGCAGCAGCGCAGGCGGCCGUGCUGACCAUCGUCCCGGUCUUCUGUGCCAUGGGGUUGUUGGGAAUCCUGGUGUGCAACCUGCUGAAGAAGAAGGGUUAUCACUGCACAGCCGGCAAGGAGCCCCAGCCCGGUGGCACCGGUGCCAGCUCCAUCUACCAGCUGGAGGAUGCCAACGAGGACACCAUCGGGGUGCUGGUGCGGCUGAUCACCGAGAAGAAAGAAAAUGCAGCGGCGCUGGAGGAGCUGCUGAAGGAGCACCAGAGGCAGCAGCUGGUGCCACCGAGCUGUGCCCCCCUCAAUAAGCUGCACCUCCUGCCUCAGUUUCCCCCAGCCUGCCAGCACCAGCAGCACCCGCACACGGUGCAGGGAGCGGCCCCGUGUGCCCGCUGCGACCAGAAGUGGCCCGAGGUGCUGCCGUCGCUCGGUGCCACCAAAGUCCCCAAACCCGGAGCUCCUCCCAGCGAGGUGACCAUCCUCUCCAUCGGCAGGUUUCGGGUGUCCCGGAUCCCUGAGCUGAGGAGCGAGGCAGGGGGGGAGCCCCUCCGUGGUCCCCUCCCCGGCGGCAGCGGGAUGUGACCCCGGGAUGGAACAGCACCAAGGGCCCCCACGAGCAGGCACCUGGCCUGGGGGCUGCCUCGGGGUCAGUGACACCCACAAAGACCCCGUGGAGGGGGUGGAGGACACUGGGCAUUGUGAAAGCCAGUCCAGCUCAGAGCUGCGAAGUGCUGGAGGUGGCAGCUCAGCUUCUGCUCCCGCCUCCAAGGUGUCCAAGAGCAGCACAGCAAAUCCAGCGUCUCGCUCGGCUGGUGAGAAGGAUUCUCUGUCCCUGAGGCCUGAGGGUGGCCACGGCGUGGUGGCCUCGUAGAUUGGAACUCCAGGAGCUGCGAUGCCAGUGGUGGUGGCCACGGGAAUCAUCAUCUCUGGGAACCACGGUGCCACAGCACAGCUCCACUGGAAGCACAGGGGGCACUGGAUGCCAUUUCAUGGUCACCCUCUGGGUCUGUUGAACUCUCCAGGACCAUCACGAACUCCUGAUUUCCCUCCAUCACCUGGUGCCGGCGCUCAGGAUAAUGAAUCACUGGAUCACAGAAUGAUUCCCCCCUUCCCAGCUGGGGCACGGAUUGCUCUGGGCAAAGCUGGUCUCCUGCAUCCAUCCAUGAUCCAUCCAUCCAUCCAUCCAUCCAUCCAUCCAUCCAUCCAUCCUCUCUCCAAAGUCUCAGCUCAGGAGCACACAGGGCUGAUGCUCACCAUGCAGAUGACACAUUUCACUUUCCAUAGGAAUUGCUCCUAUGGGGUCACACUGGCUUGGCCGUGUUGGGAUCACUGGGAUAACCCACCCAAGGUUGGGUUGGAGGCCAUCAGCCUCAACCACCACCCCAAAAAAGGGUUUAUGGCUGGUCCCAUUCACCUCCCCACGACAUCACCAUGCCAAAAAACCAACCACCAAACCCUCUGGGGCUCUUUUAUUUAUUUAUUUAAUUUUUUUUGGAAACAUUUUAAUAGUUAUCGAAUGUUCUACAUCUUACAGUAAAUAUCGUACAGUUA